AUGAAGAGCUCCAUUUACCUGGCCGGCGCACUCAGUGCCCUCACCGGCCUCCAAUCGACGGUGGCAUCACCCGUUAUCUUCCAAACUGAUGGGACAUUCAAGUUGACUGUCUUUUCGGAUCUUCAUUUUGGCGAGAACCCGGAGGGCGUUUGUGGUCCGGAGCAAGCCAAGAAUAGUACGAUGUUGAUGAAGACGGUGUUUCCGUGUGAGAAAUCGGAUUAUGUGCAUGUUCUACUAUCUGUCCGCUGA